AUGUCGGCCUCUUCAAUUCACCAGGAUGUGGAAACUGGCUCAUUGAAGGUCGACACAAAGAAGCAAGAGCCCCUUUGGGCUUCGAACAAAUCAAGAUUGGCAUCCCCUUUGCCUUCUUCCACUGAAUCCAACAAAGCGGCCUCAACCAAGCAGACCCAGCCCACGGACGAUCAUGAAACAGGUGGAAUACUAGGCGACAAGGAAAAUGCGCGUCCAUCAUCUUUGAAGCAGAGCUCACCAAGGGGCAGGUCAUCCCUGAGCACUCGACCACCAAACCGGUCAGCCGAGGAUCCCCAACCAUGGAGUCGCCAUCAACGCCAGUCGUCCAACCCCGGAAUGUCCCCUCCAUCCCGUGCCCAAAGUGUACAAUUCAGAGAUACAGACACCGAGGCUCCCGACGCGUCCCACUCCCGGUCGCAAUCUCGACCCGCCUCUGAACACGGUGACGAUGAUGAUCAGGGUCCCAAAGGAAGGCAGUCAUUGUUCGGCAAACUGAAGUUACUCGCUACCGCACCCAAUUUUACAUCACACUCAAGAUCCCCUAGCGGUGCAAGUACGGACUUCCGCCCAGCUCCAGGCGAUAUAGCUACCCCGGGGUCGGAAAGAGGGGAAUUCCGCUUCCCAGAGCCCCUGCAAGAAGAGGGCAGCGAGAUCGAUGCCGAUGCGGAAGAGAGCGGCGGCGAGCAACGUGAUACUCGUGAAAAAAGAAAAACGCAACGGCGGCGGAAGCAAUGGGAGGAGGAAGCUGGCUCCAACACCGCCCCUACAACGCCUAAAACGACACGCAGACCAUCAUUCCACUUCUCAUCCUCCUUCGCACCUUUUGAGAACUAUCGUACUAAUCUAUUUCCCCGAAGAGCAAGCACUACAGACUUCACACCUCAACAGCGCGAAGGUGUUUCAGAAGACGAAGGCCGCGAGAGGCUCAGCCGGCGGAUGAGGAGCCGGCCAUGGGCAAAUACUCGGGUUUCCAGCUAUACUGACCGCCCGGAUGCCAAUCCGGACGAACAGCGUCCGAGCAACCUGAGGCGAUUGACCGGGUUUGCCGGACCAUCUGGAAACGAUGAAAGCUUAACGGCGAGCUGGAGACGCCAUCGAACCGAGCGAGGCACCAGUGCCAGUGCUCAGCGAUGGAAGCAAAUUAAAGCUGGUUUGAAACUCAUUGGGCAGCGACGAAGACCAGAUAACGCAGUGGACAAUAAAAAGUCCGCAGAGUUGCUUGCUGAACUCGCUUCGGCCGUACCUGCUGCGCUUAUACUGGCCAGCGCGUUCCAACGAGAUGAGCACGGCAGCAAGAGAAUCCCGAUCCUUUUGGAGCAAUUGAAGGUCCGUGUUACGGACAGCCGGAUUGAUUCCCACUCCGGUGAUCGUCAUCUGGUCUUCCGAAUCGAAAUGGAGUACGGAAGUGGCAUGACUCGCAUGAAAUGGAUCAUAUUCCGCACGCUAAGGGACUUUGCCAAUUUGCAUCUGAAGUAUAAGCUUCAUCUGGGAACCCAGAAGUACAUUCAGCUGCGAACGAGUGAGAACAGCCCGAGUCUCCCUCGAUUCCCUAGAAGUGCCUUCCCCUAUAUGCGAGGUGUACGAGGCCUUGAAAGUGAAUUUGAGGACGAAGAUGAAGAGGGCGGCUAUGAGACUGGUGCGGAGGGAAUGAGUGGAACAGAGAGGCCCCCGACGAAGAAAAAGCAGAACCAGCAAGCACACCAGCGUCGGGUAUCUGGUCCGCUUGCUCGCAGAAAGUCGAGCAUCACCAAUCAAGAAGGAGACUCAGCCGCAGGACCUUCAUCUACCCAUGAAGGUGGAGCCAGGAAAGAAACAUACCCUGGGAAGCAGCGAAAGAAGCUUGAGCUCUAUCUACAGAAGAUGAUUAGGUUCUUGAUCUUCAGGGCUGACAGCAAUCGCCUAUGUAAAUUCUUGGAGCUGUCCGCUCUCGGUGUCCGUCUAGCCGCCGAAGGCAGCUAUCAUGGCAAAGAAGGAUUCCUGAUAAUCCAGUCCUCCAAGGGUCUUGAUUUCCGAAAGGCGCUCACCCCGUCUCUGGUCAAGAAUCGCCACUCACCCAAGUGGUUUUUGGUCAGGCACAGCUAUGUAGUCUGCGUCGACUCGCCCGAGGAGAUGAAUAUUUAUGAUGUCUUCUUGGUGGAUUCCCAUUUCAAGAUUCAGACACCGAAGCUUAGUCUUCGCAAGCAAAAUCCAAAGGAUCUUGCCAAGUCUGCAAAGCAGUCUGCGAGACACCCUCAGCACCACACUCUCCGGCUUGAGAAUUCUGAGCGCAAGCUCAAACUGCUGGCCCGGAAUGAGCGUCAACUGCAACAGUUUGAAGACUCGAUUCGCUUCAUGGUUGCUAACACUCCGUGGCUGCGCCCCAACCGGUUCGACAGUUUCGCGCCUGUGCGACAAAACUGCUUUGCGCAGUGGCUGGUUGAUGCGCGAGACCACAUGUGGGUUGUCUCUCGAGCAAUUAACCAGGCGAAGGAUGUCAUUUAUAUCCACGACUGGUGGCUGAGUCCAGAGCUUUACAUGCGUCGGCCUGCUGCCAUCAGCCAGAAAUGGCGAUUGGACCGUCUCCUGCAACAGAAAGCCCGGGAAGGCGUCAAAGUCUUCGUGAUCAUGUAUCGCAACAUCAACUCCGCCAUUCCCAUUGAUUCGGAAUAUUCCAAAUUCUCUCUCCUUGAUCUUCAUCCCAACAUCUUCGUUCAGCGAUCACCAAAUCAGUUCCGCCAAAAUACUUUCUUCUGGGCCCACCAUGAGAAGCUUUGUCUCAUCGACCACACUAUCGCAUUCGUUGGAGGUAUCGAUCUGUGCUUUGGGCGGUGGGAUACUCCUCAACAUCAAUUGACCGAUGACAAGCCUACCGGGUUUGAAUCUACUGAUGGCCCCAAAGAUGCAGAUCAUUGUCAACUCUGGCCGGGCAAGGACUACUCCAAUCCUAGAAUCCAAGACUUCUAUGACCUUGAUAAGCCGUAUGAGGAGAUGUAUGAUCGCAAUGUUGUGCCCCGGAUGCCGUGGCAUGACAUUUCUAUGCAUGUCGUGGGCCAACCUGCUCGGGAUCUGACUCGCCAUUUCGUGCAACGCUGGAAUUACAUUCUUCGCCAGCGAAAGCCCACGCGGCCGACCCCUUUCCUCUUGCCGCCACCCGAUUUCAAUCCCGCUGAUUUAGAAGCUUUGGGUCUUGAUGGAACUUGCGAGGUACAAAUCCUCCGGUCUAGCAGCAUGUGGUCGACAGGAACACCCGAUGUCGUCGAGCACAGCAUCAUGAAUGCCUAUGUGAAGUUGAUUGAGGAAUCCGAGCAUUUCGUCUACAUCGAGAAUCAGUUCUUCAUCAGCACCUGCGAGAUUGAGGGCCGAAAGAUCGAGAACCUCAUUGGAGAUGCCCUAGUGGAACGUAUUGUCCGAGCUGCCAAAAAUGAGGAAGCGUGGCGCGCCGUCAUUGUCAUCCCAUUGAUGCCAGGCUUCCAGAACACCGUGGACAGCGAAGGUGGAACAAGUGUUCGUCUUAUCAUGCAGUGUCAAUACCGCAUUCUACAGUCUGCGAACAUGGGCAAGAUUGGACCACACAAGGCACUGGUGACUGAGCAACUUUAUAUUCACGCCAAAUGCAUGAUCGUUGACGAUCGUGCUGCUAUCAUUGGAUCAGCAAACAUCAACGAACGAUCCAUGUUGGGUUCGCGUGAUUCAGAGGUUGCAUCUGUCGUGCGAGACACCGAUAUGAUGAUGUCGAGCAUGAAUGGCAAGCCAUACCUUGUAGGUCGAUUCCCACAUACCUUGCGUAUGCGUCUGAUGAGAGAACAUCUCGGAAUUGAUGUCGACGAACUCAUGGAACAUGACUUUGCUACCGAAGAAGAGCUACGCAAGAUCCAGGUCGCCGAGGGGAGCGAGCACCCAGUUGACAACCGAGAGCGAAGAAAUUCAGCGUCCUCGGCCAUUGAACGACAAGAUGAGAGGGAAAUGGUCGAACGUCGGCAUCGUGUCCAGGAUGAGUUCCUUUCUCGCUCUGAGGACAUGUAUAGCUUCAACCAUGAUGUCGAUUGGGAGCAGGGUGGUAACCCUAACCUCAAGUCGAACCGCAAGCUCACUGCCGAUCCUCGCGUCACUGAAAAUCCUGACCACAGGAAAGACGUGGAAGGUGAUGGCCCCGAUCACCUGACAGCCGCUGCUCAGGCCGGAUUAACAGUCGGUCGUGAUUCGGAGAUGGAGACCAAUGGAAGAGAAGCCCUGCUUUCACCUAUUGCUCCUGAGGGGAAGGGUACUAAAGAGCGACCGAGAUCAUCGCAGCAAAAGCCCCCUGGAGCACCCUCGACCCGCAAGGACCGCAGACCUGGGUCAUCGAGUGAGACCAAUGCCAGCUCUGAGAUCAAUGGCAGUGUGCCGUCGCAAGGCCAUGGAAUUACUGGAUCGUCGACCCGCGAGUCCGAGACCGGCGGUACCAGUUUGAACACACCAAGAGAAGACAAUGAAACCCUUAAGCACCACCACCCGUCUGUUCCUGAAGUCAAGCGUAUCUUCAUCGAUAACGACUGCAUGAGGGACCCGAUCAUCGAUGGCUUCUAUCUGGACACGUGGCAAGCCGUCGCCGAGAAGAACACUAAGAUUUACCGAUCUGUGUUCCGCUGUAUGCCCGACAGCGAGGUGAAGAACUGGAAGGAAUACAAAGAGUAUGCCACAUAUGGCGAGCGCUUUGCAGAGGUGCAGAGCCAACAGGGCAACAAGCCAGCCCAACCUCAACCAAAACAAAAUGGUCCUCCUCCAGCCGGUGCUACGGUCGGCUCUCCUAUGUCGAUCGCUUCUCAGAUGUCUUUCAUUACCCCAAGGGCCGAAGGACCACAGGCAGACCCGAAGAGCCCCCAGGCCAUUGACGAGAAGGUCGGGACUGGCAACGAAACUGGUCGUCCUCAGUCUGAGCAGCUAGCGAAGCAAGAGACAUUAUCGUCUAUAGACGAGAAGGCCGCACUCAAGACGGUGUCGGAUCCGAACCUCUUGGCCAAUGUUUCGAACGGGACCAGCGACGAAAAUGGCGUCGCCACUGGUGAGGAUAUGGAGAAGUCACGGACAACCCCGGGUCAUGUCGAUUACUCUGAAGCCGUGAACCUGAAUUUGAACUCGUCGAGCCAGUCUCGGAGACGUAGACGCAGAGCUACAACGAUUGGCUCGAAGCGUGACCCUCAUGGCGCAGACGAGUAUUUGGAUAAGGGUCGUGCAGAGGACCUCCUUAACAACACUCAAGGCCAUCUCAUCUUGUGGCCCUAUGACUGGCUCGAGAAAGAGGAACAAGGUGGAAACUGGCUCUACGCUUUGGACCAGAUUUCUCCUCUGGAGAUCUACAACUAA